CUGUUUCGCGCAUGCGCAGUCGCGUGAGCAGCAUGGCCGCAGGCAGCAGUAUGCAGUGGCUGAGGAGUGUGAAAGGAGUGAUUUUAGACAUGUGUGGAGUUCUGUAUGAUAGCGGAGAGGGAGGAGGACAGGCGAUACACGGAUCUGCAGAAGCGGUGAGGAGGCUGAUAGGCUCCGGUCUGACGGUGCGUUUCUGCACUAAUGAGACUCAGAACACGCGUGAGAGGUUCGUGCAGAAGCUGUGUGUGAUGGGCUUCGACAUCAGCGUCAGUCACGUGUUCUCCCCCGCACCAGCACUCAUUCACAUCCUCAGAGAGAGACACCUGCGGCCACACCUGCUGGUGCAUGAUGAUCUGAUCCCGGAGUUUGACAGUGUGGACGUGAGUUCUCCUAACUGUGUUGUCAUCGGAGACGCUGCGGAUAACUUCUCCUACCAGAACCUGAAUGAAGCCUUCCGUGUUCUGAUUGGCCUGGAGAAACCGCUGCUGUUCUCGCUGGGUCAAGGACGCUACUAUAAGGAGACGGACGGCCUGAAGCUGGACGUGGGUGUAUUUAUGAAAGCGCUGGAGUACGCGUGUGACGUCCAGGCCCAGGUGGUGGGAAAACCAUCAGCUGAGUUCUUCCAGACAGUCCUCAGUGACAUGAAGCUCCAGCCGCACGAGGUUGUGAUGAUUGGUGAUGAUCUGCUCAAUGAUAUCGGUGGAGCUCAGCGCUGCGGGAUGAAGGGUCUUCAGGUCAGAACCGGCAAAUACAGGCCGAGCGACGAGCAGCACCCGAGCGUGAGAGCCGAUGCUUACGUGGACGACCUCGCCGCCGCCGUGAACGCCAUCCUGACCGAUCACUGACCGAUCAGAACACGACUCCAGUGACCCAUCACGCUCUGUAGAUGAAGAAAACUGUGAAAGCCAGCCGCAAGCAUGCAGUAUAAACUCAGUAACACCGGUGUAUAAUGAAUUAUAGAGGUUUCAUAAUGUACAUAAUUCAUUGUAUCUUUUCAUGAGUAAAUGUAACCUUGUUUCAGUGCAUUAUACUUUCUAAAGGUCUAACAAUGACUAAAGUAUUAUAGCUGUUGUUCAUGAGAUCAUACAAUGCAUUAUAAGCUAUAUAAUUAAUGCAUUAAAACUACUUUAUAAUGCAUUAUAUAUAAAGGCUUUAGAUAAAGUGUUGCCAGUCUUUUUAGGACGAUGUUUUGAACUUCCACUCAUCAUGCUCAAUAAAAGACAGUAUUUUUGCAUUAA